UCCCCUCAACUACGCGUCCCCUUUCUUUCUCCAGUGUCGGGACCUAAGAUACCCUUCUCGCUCGCGUCGCGCGUUUCUUCUUUUCCAAUACCCCUGUCAGUUCAGCCGCAUUUCCGUUUCAUGGCAGCGAGUCCGCAGCCACAAUUAUUAGUCUCGGAGACGAUAGUACCGCAGCAACAACAUGGAGUGAGCACCCAGCAGCAGCAGCAGCAGCAGCAGCAGCGAUUACCAACCGACCCUGCAUCAGAGUCGUCGUCGUCGUCAUCGUCGAGCGGCCGUGGCAGUCAACAGCGGCAAGUCAUAUACGUUAGAGAUGACGAUGGCUUGCAGUAUGUGCUGCCGUGGGAGAUGGCGAGGGACUGGGGCUCUUUCGAGGUGUUCAUUAAAGAUGUUUUCAGGAGGAAGGCAUCUGAUUGGUUUGAAGAGAUAGAGAAUGGAGAGUUUGAGGUUUUUCUGCAGAAGGAUCCGAGGUCUAUUGUGCUGCCUGGUAUUUGGGCGCUUCUCGUGAUGCCGGGGGAUACGGUGGUGGUUUUUCCAAGGUCCAAAGUAGAGGGGAUAGCUGUCUCGGAUAGUCCUCGUGAAAACUGGGAGGAAAGUGGAGAGAGUGGAGAGAGUGGAGAUGAUGAGAACAGUCCACCCAGUGUGGUCAGUGUAAGCGACGAAAACAGCGUCGAAAACAGCGUCGAGAUUGAAGACGAUGAAGAGAGUGAAGAGGGUGGGCACGACGAGGGGAGCGAGGACAGCGAGCAAAGUGAAGAAACCGACUCUGAAGCCCCUCCUCUACCCGAACCUGUACGCUCGGUAAUCCCACCAGUCGAUGAUGAGGGGAACAAGCUUUCCUUCAUUGUUGACUCUAGCUGCUCGAGCCCGUCUCGGAAGCCUGGAAAGGAAGCAGGAGGAGACAUUGAGAUUUCUAGAAAGCCCGUCGGCCGACCGGUUAUGAACACGGAGAAUCUCAGGAUCACGAGAGCUAUGAGCGUUACCUCUGAAAGGCGAACCAUGAUUCAAAUCCACACACUUCCUGGACCGGAGAGCUCUUCAUUUUCUUCUAGCAUUCAUACUCGCUGGACCCAUCUGUAUGCAGACUGGCUAGAUUGGGCACAGUUCAAGAAUGUCUGCCUCAGCACUCAAGGCAUAUCUGACCGCAUGCAAAAAGUCAUCUCGAAAUUGUUCUUGAGAAUCGAAAAGGAGAGGCUCAAAGCUUACGUGGAUGGAAUGUUUGUGGAGCCAGGAACAACAUUGCGAGCCGAUGACUCUGACCACAAUGACCCUCAAUCCGUCAUAUUCUCCUGUAUUCCUUAUUUUGAACUGCAAAAAUCUCUCCCGACCGCGUCAGCGAGAUCGGACAACUUGCAUCCCUCGCGCACUUUGAUGCAGGCCUACUAUCCCUACGAGCCAGUUCAGGAUAGAGACAACGAGCAAGCUUUUAGGAAAUUUGGCAACACGCGAAGCGGUAGCUUGGUCCAUAUACCGUCUAUGUGGAUGAUGAAUAUUGGCUCGCACGCUGUAGUGACUUGUGGAUAUCGACCCUUGGCUGUCGAAUUCGUCAAGUCCAUAGAAGUAAUGCCGGAAGAUCCGAAACUGCUCAGCAUGGAUAUGCAUGAAAACAAAUUAACGGCAAUCAGGCUUACGGAAUGGAGCAAUCGCGUCCUCAUCUACCAGCGCGAUGAAUGUCGAACUUAUUUCGAGAUGGAGCGGAAGCUGCGUGAGCUGAAAUUUUCCUCCGGGAACGCCGAGAACAGUAUACAGCUGCUCACUAACACGCAGAAGGGGCCCAGAAGAAUCACUCCUUUGGUUUGGCCGUACCUGAUCACACAGAAGAAUGUCAUCUUUAUUGAUGUCUUCGUCACUACUGAGGCCAAACUGAAAGAGAUCGGGCAAGAAAUGACACUUGAAGAUCUGCCAUCAUCCGAACCCGCUGUAUUCGCACAGAACACAUGGAUUCCACCCUUCUUCCAAUGGCCUGCGUCCAGGGUGGACGAAAAGUCUCCAUUAGACUUGAAGCCGAUGAAUGCACAGCAAACGUCACGUUGUUUGGAGCACGUUGAGAAAGCCAUGUUCGAUCAGGGUUUGCUCAAAGGUCAAACAAUUAGCGCGGUUGAUGAGACGUUUACAUCAUCCAAGUAUUACGAUGAACUUCCCGAAGUCGAUUACGAUGGCUUUUUAGUGUUGCUAGCCCCAACUCUUCGGGCUGCGAGGAUAUGGGAAGAGAAGACCUCCUAUGGUUCGUUUCAUGAAAAGGUUGUGGGUGAAUGUUGCUCGAAGCUUGCACACGAGAUUAGCGACUUUGUAAACGUCGUUCGCGGUACACUCAAGCUCUUCGUAUCCGACAUGAACCAAAGUAUCUUGUUGAGAAAAUUGUGGGGUGCCAUGUCGAACCUCCUCCAUAUCGCCAAACGAACGGUCGAGAUGCGGGCUUGCGCGUCUGAUCAGCAAGAAUACCUUGAUCCUGAUUGGGAACUUCCGGUGUCCGGCACACGCUUGUGGCACAUUCGUUCUCCUAAGAGACGAGACGGAUCCGCCGUGCUCGUUCCUGAGGGCAAGGAGGCGUUUGCGAGAUCUAUCCGAAAGUGUCGUAAAUGCCGGCACAAAUCUUUCGACGACCCCAAUGCAGCGGUUGAACAUCUACGCAGCAUUCAUUUGGGGGAAGAAGUCGCGAACACAGCUCUUGCAGGUCGCGAGAUCCAGCCAGAUGCGCAAGAGAACAAAUACCUAAGAGACUGGGUCUAUAACGAAGACCAGUGGAUCGUCGAGUCUACGGUUCAAGGGGCUGUUGAGAUUCUUUCUUACUCCACCAAAGAAGCCCGAAAUCUUUGCAAACUUCUCCAAGAGCUCGCCGAUGGGGUGCGCAACGAGGAUGGUGGACUUUCGUCGCUAUACACGUUUCCACGAAAACUUCUUCCAACCUUUCAUAAGUUGGUGGUACUGUACUUUGCCGUGGAACGCAGCUUGCAUUUCAUUGAGAAGCGCAGAAAGACCGAGCAAGACUCUGAUAUGCGUGAGGAAGGUACAAACCAGGAGCAGCUCGCAGAUAAUUCCGAAAUACUACGUCGUUUCAGCGAGGGCGUGAAAGCUCUUUUGUUACUGGCUCGCGAGGAUCUAUGCAAUAUGGCGCGGUCCGCUAUUCCAAAACCCAUCGAGGAACGUUUGGCUUUUGGGUCUGAGUAUAUUUGUAGUUGGCUGAUGAGACGGUUGAUCGUCAAGCCUCUCGACAGGAGCAUGUCUAUAGCCGACAUGUAUCGCGAGUAUCUCUCAACCAUACAAUUCCAAGUCAAUCAUCGUCCAGGAAAACGUCUUCUUCGCUCUAUCAAGCUCGUCCAGGAAGAAAUCAUGAUACUGGCGAAAGUCACAUCCUGGCAAGCUCGAUUGGUUGCAAACUACUCGAAAGUGCUAGAUGAUGACACCUAUCCUACUCUGCUUCCUUCCCGUCGUGCCAUGUUUCCCUUUGAACGACUACUUCUUGAUUCGUGCUCUGAUAGUAUUGCACUGACGAGCGAAGAACUUGCCGAUCAAUUCGACAGAUGCGGUCCCCUUUCCGACAGCACCAAACAAAGCGCCGAAAUCAACGAAGAAGACCAUGGAAAGGCCAUAUUCGUGUUCACAGUCGUCACUGCCAUCUUUCUCCCGCUAUCGUUCAUCACAUCCUACCUGGGCAUGAACACUUCGGAUAUCCGAGACAUGGAGAACAGCCAAGCACUCUUCUGGCAAAUCGCCGCGCCCCUGACGGUGGCCGUGAUGGGCAGCGUCCUCUUCAUCGCGUACAACGGCGACGAAAUCCGUGACAACAUCUCAUCGACAUACCGCAACCUGACGGGAAAGCAAACCCGAAUCACCCCCACGCGCGGCAGCAUCUCAAUCAUCCAGCGCAAGCGUGCUGCCCAGGCAACUCUAUCCUCCGACACCACCUCAUCAACAGACAUGUCAAUGAGCCUAGCAGACGAAGCAGAAUACGCAACCCCGCGCCCAGCAUGGCCCGAAUCCACCUCCAUCGACAAAACCUACGCCCCCCCUCCUCCCCCAACCACCACAGUCUACAACGAAAUCAUAUCCGUUGACCCCGACCUCCGCACCCGCUCUCCCACCCGCCUGCUCCGCGCCCAACCCAGGUCUGAGCCCAUCAGACCACGCGUGCGACUCGCUGCCUCCGCCCCUCCCCCUCCGUCUUCAAGAUACACACGACCCGCAACGACCCGUCCCGUCCAAUACGAAAGCAGCGCGCGCCCCCAACCUCCACCACCUACGUACCCGCACCCGCCCUCCUACGAACCCACGCAGAUGCGCCUCCAUCGGAAAUUUCUGGCCCCCGAGACGCUGGCGCACUACGCUCUAUCCUACGACGUCGAUCCCAAGGACGACAACUUCAUUGUGGUCAGGCAGCCCCUCGACCAAGCUACCAUGGCCGUGCUGUUUGCGCAUACGCGCCAGCUUCGCGAGCGGGAGAGAGCUGAGCGGGGGCAUGGGAGAGGAGUUUCGGGCCGCGUCGUCACGAGGGAGUAUUAUGGUGGGGAUGAAUGGUAUGGGAGAGGGUAUGGAGGUGGUUAUGGAGAUGUAGAUGCAGGUGUAGAAGAUGGGUAUUUGUGGGUUACUAAGGAUGCUGCUGGGGCGAGGGGUGGGGGGGAUGGCGUACGCGAGAGAGAGGGUGGUGGUGGGGUUAGAUAUGGGAGGAGGAGUGAGAGGGUGGGGACUACUGUGAGGGCGAGAAGGCGGUAGUUGUGUAUUUGCAUGUGCAUGUUGUACGAGUGUAUGCUUCCUCUUCUUCUUGCUCAGCUCAAGCGACCGCAGUCGAUGAACUACAUGUGUAAACACGAGUCUAGUCUAACCAUUUUCUCUACUUAGAUAGCAAGGACACAUAAAAAAGUCAAAACGUCCGAUGUGGAGUCGGAAAAAAAGAAACUAGACUUUAAUUUCACGCCCAUUCUUGUCUUAACAGUAAAGCUUUACGUUAUCUAUGUGUGUGUGUUCUUUAUUUUGUUUUCCGUUUUCCGUUUUUAUUUUAGCCCAAGAUUCCAUCAAUCUAUGAAUCUAGUGGGGAGGGUUGUGGUCAAAAUUAAAUGCGCCGCCGUCAACUCAUAUAAAGUACUAACUUUUUU